GAGGUCGAGCAAACAUUCGCAAAAAUUCCACGUGAUCUCUGGAUUUGAUGUAAUCGAGCAGGUGGGCCAUGACUUAAACGAUUAAAUAAUUGAAUCUUGACAGCAAUCGAUUUUCUAAUCUGUCCACGUUAUACGUAAUUUGCGUGAGAUCGUGAGACGUUAAAUUUGCAUUAAACGCAAUCCGAUUAACAUCUAAAAUGCCAACAGUGACCCAAGCACCUCCUAGUCAAGUCGUUAAGAAAAAGCUUACGGAAGAUGAAAUAAACGAUCUUCAUCAAGAGCUGAGUACCAGGGAUCAUUUGAUUCCAUUGAAACAGUUAUGCGAAAAAUUGAACACCAAUUUGAUUACGGGUUUGACCGAACAAGAAGCAAACUACGCUCUUCUCAGAGACGGACCAAAUGCCCUAACUCCUCCUAAAGUAACUCCAGAAUAUAUCAAAUUUAUAAAAUGCAUGUUUCACGGAUUCGCUACUCUGCUUUGGGCAUGCUCAGCAUUGUGCUUUCUUUUAUAUGGCAUUAGUAUGCUGAUUGAAGGUACAAGCGGUGGCAACGAAUGGUUAGGAUUUAUCAUUGCCGCGAUCUGCGUAAUCUCCGGUGUGUUUGCUUACAUACAAGAGAGUAAGAAUACAAAGGUCAUGGAAUCUUUCAAAAAAAUGGUACCCACUUUCGCAACGGUGAUUCGUAACGGGGCUAAAUUGCGAGUGGCAACCGAAGACUUGGUCAUAGGCGAUUUGGUGUACAUUAAAUAUGGCGACAAAAUACCAGCCGACAUCAGGAUCAUCGAAUGUACUGGACUAAGAGUUGAAAAUUCUAGUAUCACCGGUGAAAGUGAACCGGUAGCUAGAACGAAUUACCCAACCGAUGCCAAUCCUUUGGAAUCCUCCAAUGUCGCUUUUUUCUCGUCUUUCGCAGUGGAUGGCAAAGGUAAAGGUAUAGUAAUAGCAACGGGUGAUCGAACGAUGAUAGGGCGACUUGCUGGUCUUACGUCGCAACUUGUCAAAACCGAAACACCGAUAGCCAAAGAGAUCAGACACUUCGUUCAGAUAAUCGUCAUCGUUUCCGUACUGUUUGGAUUACUAUUUUUUAUAUUAUCUUUGACAAUCGAUCCGAAUAUACUGAAAGCCUUCACUUAUCUACUUGGCAUCGUGAUAGCAAACGUGCCCAGCGUUCUACUGGUAACCGUUACAACGAGUUUGACGCUAACGGCUCAAAAGAUGGCCACAAAAAACUGCCUGGUGAAGAAUCUAGAGGCUGUCGAAACGCUCGGUUCCACUUCGACAAUCUGCUCCGACAAGACGGGAACUCUCACGCAGAACAAGAUGAACGUAUCUAAUUUAUGGUUUGGCCACACGAGAUACAAUUUUCCACCGGGCGAAAGGUUAGGCGUCGAACAGGAUUUAUUGAUGGAGAGACCAGGCUUUAAUAUCAUGAUCAAGAACGCUACUCUUUGUUUGCGCGCUGAGUUUGUCACGGAGUCCACUCUACUGAAGCCAAUCGACGAACGAGAGAUAGUUGGCGACGCCUCUGAAACGGGUAUCCUCAGAUUCUGCGAGCACAUCCAUUCGACGGAUGAAUUCCGGCAGGCGUAUCCAAAGGUUGCGGAAAUACCGUUUAGUUCUAUAACAAAGUAUCAAAUGUCGAUACACAGAGAAGAGAACGGAUACAUAAUGAUCUUUAAAGGUGCACCGGAAGUGAUACUGGAGAACUGCACCCAGAUACUAACUACAGAAGGAGAAACAGCAGAAAUGACACAAGAGGAUCACGCGAUAUCUCGACGAGCAUGUGGAGAGUUAGGAUAUUUAGGAGAACGCGUGUUGGCAUAUUGCGAUCUUUAUCUACCCGAUGAUUUGUAUGGUCUAGAGUACAAGUUCAACACCGAUUCUCCAAACCUGUACAACUUUCCAACAACAGGAUACAGAUUCGUUGGACUGGUGAGUCUAUUAGAUCCUCCGAGACCAGCUGUACCGGAAGCUGUAAGAAAAUGUCGCACAGCUGGCAUCAAAGUAAUAAUGGUAACAGGCGAUCAUCCUAUAACAGCGAUGGCCAUUGCAAAGAAAGUUGGUAUCAUAAGCGAGGGACACGAAACCAGGUACGAGAGAGCGAUAUUACAAAAUAAAUCGUACUCGCAAAUAACUGAGAGCGAUACACACACGAUAAUCGUUACUGGUUCCGAACUGAGGAGUAUGGACAACACAGAAUUAGAUGGGAUUAUACGGAACUACGAAGAGAUCGUUUUCGCGAGAACGUCUCCGCAACAGAAGCUGCUUAUCGUGGAAAGUUGUCAAAGACUGGGCGAAAUUGUUGCUGUAACCGGCGACGGUGUAAAUGAUUCACCUGCGUUGAGAAAAGCGGACAUCGGAGUAGCUAUGGGAAUCACUGGUUCAGACGUAACGAAAAAUGCUGCAGACAUGAUCCUCAUGGACGAUAAUUUUGCAUCGAUCGUAACAGGCAUCGAAGAAGGUAGAUUAAUAUUCGAUAAUCUUAAAAAAUCGAUAGUGUACACGUUAACCUCUAGCAUCCCCGAGAUGUUACCCAUGCUAAGUAGCAUCAUAUUUGCUAUUCCUUUGCCAUUCAUUCUUGAAAUGAUUCUUUGCGUGGACAUCGGAACAGAUUUACUACCAGCCAUAGCGCUGGCGUACGAAAAAGCAGAGUCCGAUAUAAUGCAUCGCGCGCCCAGAAAUCCACAAUACGAUAAACUCGUGAACAAACGAUUAAUAUCUGUCGCCUAUGGUCAAAUCGGAAUGACCCAGUCUCUAGCUGCCUUUUACACCUACUUUAUGAUUCUUAUGCUAAACGGGUUUCUACCUGAUCGUUUACUGGGAAUAAGAUACGAUUGGGACGACAAAUCUAUUAACGAUUUACGGGAUUCUUAUGGUCAAACAUGGACGUACGAUACAAGAAUGGAUUUAUUGAACGAAGCGCGAACGGGAUAUUUUUUAUCUAUAGUUAUAACGCAGCUUAUAGAUUUAGUGAUGUGUAAGACGAGAGUUAACUCGAUCUUUCAACAAGGAAUGGAUAAUUGGUUUUUAAAUUUUUCUUUCAUUUUUGAAAUUGUUUUAACCGGAAUUUUAUUGUACGUGCCGGGAACUGAAAAAGUAUUAAAGACUAUGCCUCUAAGCGCGUAUUGGUAUUGGCCGAGUUUACCUCUCGGCUUGUUUAUGUGGACAUGGGAUGAAUUAAGAAGGCUAUGCAUUCGUAAAUUUCCUGACGGAAUCAUAGAACGCGAAACGUAUUACUGAAUGGCAUUUAAUCGCUCUUAAUCGAUAAUACUAUAGCUUUAAUUUGUUAAUUUCGUAUUGUUCUUUAUAGUUUAUAGUUUAUACGGGAAUAAGUUGCACUUUUUAAAUACAAUGAAUUAAUAUAUAUUGUGAGUACAG